AUGGCGAUGGACAAGGGAAAGCAGAUUACACGUUAUGAUUUGCAUGAGCAUCCCUUGGUGUUGGUUGAAGCGCCAGACAAUGAGAAUGAGAAUGGUCUUUUGCUGUGUGUGUGCGGGGAAGUGAUAUCAGCUUCAAUCUUUAGUUGUGUACUCUGCAACUUUCACCUCCAUCCGGAAUGUGCCCAAAUACCCCAGAGCAUUAUCCCACACCCUUUGCAUCCCCAACACGGUUUUCUUUCGUUCGAAUCACCACCAGAGCUGCCGUUUUGUCUCUGCGCCAAAUGUGCUGUGUCAUCUUGGAAUUUGAUUGACAGAGAAAACGAGUCUAAAUCUGAGUUCAAAGAUGAUGGCCACCAACUUCCCUUCAUCUUCCUCCAAAACCAUAAAGAUGAACUCAAAAGAGCCUAUUGCUCAUGGUGUCAAGAAUCCUUAAUAGGUCCCAUUUAUGUUUCUGUUGGUUGUAAGGUUAAACUUCAUCCAAAAUGUUUUCAUAACUUACCCACACAAAUUGCUCAGCCUUGCCACCGUUUACACCCUCUCCUUUUUCACUUUGAGAAAAUCAAGUUCUUUUGUGAAGUCUGCCAAAAGGAUGACGAUGAUAAUCUUGUAUAUCGUUGUUUGGCUUGCAAGUUUGAUAUUCAUCUUGAAUGCAUUCGGCCUAGACCUAUUAUUGAAGCUAACAUGAAUCAUGACCACAAGUUCAACUUGCUUCGUAGAAAUAAUCCAUUCAUUUGUGAUGCAUGUGGCACCAUUGAUUGCACUUGUGUGGUUCAUGUGAAAUGUGUGUUGGAGGAUGAUUCCUUGUACACCAUAAUUGAUCAAGAAGAUGGGGAUAGGGAUGAUGCUACGGAUUCUUCUUCCAGCAUCCGUGUCAUCAAGGUGAAUGAGCUUGGCGAAGCUACUGAGAGAGGUGUUAUAUGGAGGUUGAGGAAGGGGAAAAGGCAUAGAACCGGGGAGGGAAUCCAGGUAGAGGGGAAAAAACCAAGCAAAGGCGCGUUUUGUAUGAAGCAUCUUCGUCAAGUCAGCGUAGAGUGCGUUCCACAGGUGCAUCUCAUGUGA